AGAAGCCUUCGUCUAAGCUGAGAACACCUUCAGACCAUCAGCAUUUCAGCAGUCUUCGUAACCCCAGUGAGCUGCAACCAUGAGUUCAGAUGCAGAAAUGGCAAUAUUUGGGCCUGCUGCCUCCUUUCUCCGAAAAUCAGAGAAAGAAAGGAUUGAAGCCCAGAAUGCUCCAUUUGAUGCAAAAUCAGCUACAUUUGUGACAGAUGACAAAGUAGCUUAUGUUAAGGGAACAAUCCAAAGUAAGGAAGGUGGCAAAGCUACGGUAAAAACUGAAGAUGGAAAGACUGUAACAGUUAAAGAUGAUCAAGUCUUCCCACAAAACCCACCCAAGUUUAACAAAAUUGAAGAUAUGGCCAUGAUGACUCACCUCCAUGAACCAGCUGUGCUGUACAACCUCAAAGAGCGUUACGCAGCCUGGAUGAUCUACACCUAUUCAGGCCUUUUCUGUGUCACUGUUAACCCCUACAAGUGGUUGCCAGUGUACAAUCCAGAGGUGGUUGCUGGGUACAGAGGAAAGAAGCGUCAGGAAGCCCCUCCCCACAUCUUCUCCAUCUCUGACAAUGCGUAUCAGUCCAUGUUAACUGAUCGUGAAAACCAGUCAAUCCUUAUCACUGGAGAAUCUGGUGCUGGGAAGACUGUAAACACAAAACGUGUCAUUCAGUAUUUUGCAACAAUUGCAGCCCUGGGUGAAAAGAAAAAAGAAACCGAGGCUCAAAGUAAGGGAACUCUGGAAGAUCAAAUCAUUCAGGCUAACCCACUGCUUGAAGCAUUCGGUAAUGCCAAGACCAUUAGGAAUGACAACUCAUCUCGCUUUGGUAAAUUUAUUCGAAUCCACUUUGGAACCACAGGAAAGCUGGCUUCUGCUGAUAUUGAAGCCUACCUUCUGGAAAAAUCCAGAGUAACAUUCCAGCUGAAAGCUGAAAGAUGCUACCAUAUCUUCUACCAGGUCAUGUGUAAUAAAAAGCCAGAACUCAUUGAGAUGCUUCUGAUUUCCACUAACCCAUAUGACUUCCCAUAUGUGAGUCAGGGUGAGAUUACGGUGCCAAGUAUUGAUGAUGCAGAAGAGUUAAUGGCGACAGAUGGUGCCAUUGACAUUCUUGGCUUCACCCCAGAGGAAAAAGUUGGCAUCUACAAGCUGACUGGUGCAGUGAUGCAUUAUGGGAACAUGAAGUUUAAGCAGAAACAGCGAGAGGAACAGGCUGAGCCAGAUGGAACUGAAGAUGCUGACAAAGCUGCUUAUCUGACGGGUCUCAAUUCAGCAGAUUUACUAAAGUCAUUGUGUUAUCCCAGAGUAAAGGUUGGAAAUGAAUUUGUAACCAAAGGGCAGACUGUCCAACAGGUUAACAACUCUGUUGGUGCUCUCGCUAAAUCAUUCUAUGAGAAGAUGUUCUUCUGGAUGGUGUACCGUAUUAACCAGCAGCUGGAUACUAAGCAAGCAAGACAGUACUUUAUUGGUGUCCUGGAUAUUGCUGGGUUUGAAAUUUUUGAUUUCAACACCCUGGAGCAGCUCAUGAUCAACUUCACCAAUGAAAAGCUGCAACAGUUUUUCAACCACCACAUGUUUGUACUGGAACAAGAAGAGUACAAGAAGGAAGGAAUCGAAUGGGAAUUCAUUGACUUUGGCAUGGACUUAGCUGCUUGCAUUGAACUAAUUGAAAAGCCUAUGGGAAUUUUCUCAAUCCUUGAAGAGGAGUGUAUGUUCCCCAAAGCUUCUGAUCAGUCCUUUAAGAAUAAACUAUAUGAUCAGCAUCUUGGAAAGUCCAAUAACUUCCAGAAGCCAAAACCUGCUAAAGGAAAGGCAGAAGCUCACUUCUCAUUGGUGCAUUAUGCUGGCACUGUGGAUUACAACAUCAGUGGGUGGUUGGAUAAGAACAAGGACCCCCUGAAUGAAUCUGUCAUCGGCCUGUACCAGAAAUCAUCGCUGAAACUGCUGGCCUUCCUUUAUGCUUCAUACUCUACUGCUGAUGCUGACACCGGUGGGAAGAAGGGUAAGAAGAAGGGUGCUUCCUUCCAGACAGUGUCUGCACUGUUCAGGGAAAACCUGAACAAGUUGAUGUCAAACUUAAGAAGCACUCACCCUCACUUUGUAAGGUGUAUUAUUCCCAAUGAGACAAAAACACCAGGAGACAUGGACCAUCAUCUUGUCCUACAUCAACUGAGAUGUAACGGUGUGCUGGAGGGCAUUAGGAUUUGUAGGAAAGGAUUCCCAAGCCGAAUCUUAUAUGGUGACUUCAAACAGAGAUACAAGGUGUUAAAUGCCAGUGCAAUUCCAGAAGGGCAGUUUAUUGACAGCAAGAAAGCAAGUGAAAAGCUACUGGGUUCCAUUGAUGUUGACCACACACAGUACAAAUUUGGACACACCAAGGUUUUCUUCAAAGCUGGUCUGCUGGGUACUCUAGAAGAGAUGCGAGAUGAGAAACUGGCCCAGCUUAUCACUCGUACUCAGGCUGUUUGUAGAGGAUAUCUAAUGAGAGUGGAAUUCAAGAAAAUGUUGGAAAGGAGAGAAUCCAUCUUUACUAUUCAGUAUAACUUCCGUUCAUUCAUGAAUGUGAAACACUGGCCAUGGAUGAAACUAUAUUUUAAGAUCAAGCCAUUGCUAAAGAGUGCAGAAGCUGAAAAAGAAAUGCAAAACAUCAAAGAGGAAUUUGAAAAGAUGAAGGAAGACCUUGCUAAAUCUGAGGCAAGGAGAAAGGAACUUGAAGAAAAGAUGGUUGCUCUUCUACAGGAAAAGAAUGAUCUUGCUUUACAAGUUCAAUCAGAAUCUGAAACUCUAGCUGAUGCUGAGGAGAGAUGUGAAGGUCUCAUUAAAACUAAAAUUCAGCUUGAAGCCAAACUGAAAGAAGCAAAUGAGAGACUUGAAGAUGAGGAAGAAGCCAAUGCAGAAUUGACAGCAAAGAAGAGGAAACUGGAAGAUGAAUGCUCUGAGCUAAAGAAAGAUAUUGACGAUCUAGAACUUACUCUAGCAAAAGUGGAGAAAGAAAAGCAUGCCACUGAAAACAAGGUUAAAAACCUCACUGAAGAAAUGACCACCCUAGAGGAAUCCAUUGUCAAAUUAACGAAGGAAAAGAAAGCCCUACAAGAAGCACAUCAGCAAACAUUAGAUGAUCUUCAGGCAGAGGAAGACAAAGUCAAUACUCUAACCAAGGCAAAGACUAAACUUGAACAACAAGUAGAUGAUCUUGAGGGAUCACUGGAACAGGAAAAGAAGCUCCGGAUGGAUCUGGAGAGAGCAAAGAGAAAACUUGAAGGUGAUCUCAAGUUAUCUCAAGAAUCCUUAAUGGAUUUAGAAAACGAUAGGCAGCAACAAGAAGAAAAACUGAAGAAGAAGGAGUUUGAAAUCAGCCAGCUGCAAAGCAGAAUUGAGGAUGAGCAAGCUCUGGGAUCUCAACUACAGAAGAAGAUUAAGGAGUUACAGGCACGUAUUGAAGAACUUGAAGAAGAAAUAGAAGCAGAACGUGCAGCACGUGCAAAAUCUGAAAAACAAAGAGCCGAUUAUGCCAGAGAACUGGAGGAGAUCAGUGAACGACUAGAGGAAGCUGGUGGAGCAACAUCAGUCCAGAUUGAAAUGAACAAGAAACGGGAAGCAGAAUUCCUGAAACUGCGUCGGGAUCUUGAGGAGGCUACAUUGCAGCAUGAAGCCACAGCUGCUGCUCUUCGGAAGAAACAUGCUGACAGCGUUGCAGAGCUUGGGGAGCAAGUCGACAACCUGCAGCGUGUUAAGCAGAAACUGGAGAAGGAAAAGAGUGAACUGAAGAUGGAAAUUGACGAUUUAGCAAGUAACAUGGAAUCAGUUUCUAAAGCAAAGGCAAACCUUGAAAAAUUAUGCCAUACAGUGGAGGAUCAGUACAAUGAAGCUAAAUCAAAGACUGAAGAGCUUCAACGUUUUGUAAAUGACAUGAAUGUGCAAAGAGCUCGGUUACAAACAGAAAAUGGGGAACUCACUCGUCAAGUGGAAGAAAAAGACUCUCUUGUGUCCCAGCUUACAAGAGGAAAGCAAGCCUUUACACAGCAGAUUGAAGAUCUAAAGAGACAGCUAGAAGAGGAAACUAAGGCAAAGAAUGCCCUGGCUCAUGCCUUGCAAUCUUCCCGUCAUGACUGUGACCUGCUCCGCGAACAGUAUGAAGAGGAACAGGAAGCUAAGGCUGAACUUCAGCGAUCAUUGUCUAAGGCCAACAGUGACGUUGCUCAGUGGAGAACAAAAUAUGAAACUGAUGCCAUUCAGAGGACAGAGGAACUUGAAGAGGCAAAGAAAAAACUUGCUGCACGUCUUCAAGAAGCAGAAGAACAAAUUGAGGCUGUAAAUUCCAAGUGUGCUUCACUGGACAAGACAAAAGUGAGGCUACAGGGAGAAGUUGAGGACCUUAUGCUUGAUGUUGAAAGAGCAAAUUCAGCUGCUGCUGCCCUGGACAAGAAGCAGAGGAAUUUUGAUAAGGUUCUUGCAGAAUGGAAACAGAAAUAUGAAGAGAGCCAGGCAGAGUUAGAUGCAGCCCUAAAGGAGUCACGUUCUAUCAGCACUGAGCUGUUUAAGGUGAAGAAUGCCUAUGAGGAAUCUUUGGACCAGCUUGAAACUCUAAGACGGGAGAAUAAGAACCUGCAACAGGAAAUAUCUGAUUUAACUGAGCAGAUUGGAGAGACUGGAAAGACAAUACAUGAGUUGGAGAAAGCCAAGAAGCAGGUUGAACAAGAAAAGUCCGACAUUCAAAGUGCACUAGAAGAGGCUGAGGCAUCCCUGGAACAUGAAGAGGCUAAAAUUCUGCGAGUUCAGCUUGAGUUAAACCAGGUGAAAUCAGAGGUUGACAGGAAAAUUGCUGAGAAAGAUGAAGAACUUGAACAAUUCAAGAGAAACCACCAGCGAGUUGUGGAGGCCAUGCAGAGUUCAUUAGAGGCCGAGAUCAGAAGCAGAAAUGAUGCCCUGAGAGUAAAGAAGAAGAUGGAAGGUGAUCUGAAUGAAAUGGAAAUUCAGCUGAGCCAUGCAAACCGUCAGGCAGCAGAAGCACAGAAACAACUUCGAAAUGUGCAGGGUCAGCUCAAGGAUGCACAGCUGCAUUUAGAUGAUGCAAUUAGAAGUGCAGAGGACUUUAAGGAACAGCUUGCCAUGGUAGAACGUAGAAGUAACCUCUUGCAGGCUGAGAUAGAGGAAAUAAGAGCUGCCUUGGAGCAGACAGAAAGGGCUCGCAAAGUGGCUGAACAAGAGCUUCUGGACUCUACUGAAAGGUCACAGCUUCUGCACUCUCAGAAUACCAGUCUCCUUGCAACAAAGAAGAAACUAGAAAGUGAUGUUUCUCAUCUCCAAAGUGAAGUGGAUGAAGCUGUCCAGGAAGCCAGGAAUGCUGAAGAAAAGGCAAAGAAGGCCAUCACAGAUGCGGCCAUGAUGGCUGAGGAGCUGAAGAAGGAACAGGACACCAGUGCCCACCUGGAGAGGAUGAAGAAGAAUCUGGACCAGACAGUCAAGGACCUGCAACAUCGUCUGGAUGAAGCAGAACAGUUAGCAAUGAAGGGUGGAAAGAAGCAGCUCCAGAAACUGGAAGCCCGUGUUCGUGAACUUGAAAAUGAACUGGAGGCAGAACAGAAACGAGGUGCUGAAGCUAUUAAGGGUGUCCGCAAAUACGAAAGAAGAGUCAAAGAGCUCACAUACCAGACCGAAGAGGACAAGAAAAACUGUUUGAGACUCCAGGAUCUGGUAGAUAAACUACAACUCAAGGUCAAGGCUUACAAGAGACAGUCUGAGGAAGCUGAGGAGCAAGCCAAUUCCAACCUAGCCAGAUUCCGGAAAGUUCAGCAUGAGCUUGAGGAAGCCGAAGAAAGGGCUGACAUCGCUGAAUCUCAGGUCAACAAACUCAGGGCAAAGAGUAGAGAGAUCGGUAGCAAGAAAGGAGAAAGCGAAUAAAAAUGAAGACAUUACUGGCCUACUGAUUACAGAAGUUCAUACAAUAUGAAUUUUUCUAUAUCAGUGUUACUGUAAUUUAAUUUAUUUUACUAUCAAUAAAUAUAUUUUGUAGUCUA